UUGUGGACUCCUCUCCUUCUUUUACGUCACUGAAAGUGACACUUUUGUGUGGCUUCACUGUGCGGCACUUCUCUAUCGUUCGAAGACAUCUUUUACAGAAGACUCGAGAAAGGUAGUGAACAUUUACCAUAUUGAACGCGCUUUCAGGCAGAAUAAAUCAUGAAGUAUUGGUUUCUGUCGGUGUUAAUCAUAUGCACGAGUUUCCAACAGUAUCUGACGUCUCAAGAUCCUACAAGAAAUGAUGCAGAUCAAGAGGCCUAUGAUGAAGUAAAAGAACUCGAAAGUCUUAGGAAUGAAAACAGCAAGCAUAACAAUACAGAAAGUGGCCCACAAGAUAGUGGGAAAGAACAGCAAGCAGUGCAACCAACAGCAACUCCCAAUACUGACGAAAGUGAUCCGCAACCAAAUAGCCGUAGUGCCAUUUUUCGUCACAGAGGGAUAACACAAGCUAAAAAGAAUAAAUACUGGAAUGCACAGCCUAAUGAAGUAUAUUCUGGAUUUCCUGGUAUCCAGUACUCUCCCGCAGACCUCGCUAAGUAUGUUAUUACCACUGGCGAUGAAGAAGGAGUUGCAGUGGCAGUAGAGGAGCUUGUAAGAGAAGGUCUGCUCGGUCGUACGGAUGCUAUAAACUACUUGCAAGAUCUAAAACAAAUUCUGGAGAGGAUGAAAGAACAACAAAAUGAGCAACUAAAAAAGACGGAAGAAUUUAAAAUUCCGACAGCAUAUCUCCAGAUGCAAGUUCCGAAAAUGCCAAUGAGAUUGUCUAAUCCUCCACGAGAGCAUUUUCUUGCUCAAAUGAUGAACGAUAAGAGAGAAUCCAAGGCCAUCGAGUCACCUCCAGCCCCUGUCGUCACUACAGAGCAUCCCCAUCAAGUAGUUAUUGCUUCGACUUCUGAGCCUAAAGGACCUACGCAUUCAGCAAGUACUACAAUGCGUCCUAAAACUGAAGCUUCACCCGUAGAAUCGUUUAAAGACGACGACUUCAAGAGGAGAGCGAAGGAAAAGGAAGCUCGUAAUUCUUUUGAUUUUACCCUGGAAGUCAUUUACAAGCUGGCUAAAGAUAUGUUUUCUCAGAGUAUUUUAAGAGAUGACCCGACUGCUGAAAAUACAUUGUCUGGACUUGUUUCUUUUCUGGAAAGCGAAGUUGGAAACAAACGCAUCUCUCCCGAAAUAAAAGAGAAAGUUUUAGAGGUUGUUUUGGCCGCUUUAGUUGCCAGUCUUCAUGAAUACCAGAGCAUGUUUCCUGAAAACCAAGCUCUACCAUUUGAUGAAUCUGGUUUGUACCGGCAUUUAGCUGAACAGAAUGGGCCUUCAUCCAGCAAAGGCAUUCCGGAAGUUUAUCGCAAGUUAGCUGCUGGUCAUGAAAAUAGCAUGCUCCAACUGGCUUCCAAGAGUAAUAGACCAAAAUCAAGCUAAUAGGACGGAAAAAAGAGGACCAUGAAUCGGCAAGAUUUUCAAGACUGCAAAAGGCUGUUCAAUACAAAAGUGUUCCCUCCCUUUUUCCCUGUCACAUUCCUUACAUGAAAUUCCAACCCCCUUGCACGUAGCUCGUAUUUGUCAACACAUAAUAUUUAUAUUUGUGUUCAUUAUUCUCUCCCGAAUGUAAACACUUGUAAUCUGUCGAUAUAUGUCCAUUACAAUGUAUGAUCUUAAAGGAGAGACUGUCACUGAAAGUAUAUGCAACUUAGUGUAAAUUAAUUCUUAAGCUUUCUGUACUAUGAUGCAUUUACAAGUUUUUCAACGUUUCACGACCAUUCUGUAUCAACCUAAGGAAAACUAAAUAUUGUAAUCAAUAUUAUCCAGUAUCAAACCGUAAUUUUGACAUCUACAGGUCUUCCACAGUUUCUAGAACAAUAGAUAAAUGUAGUCAUUCUGAGAACAUAACAUUCAGGUUUAAAGUAGUGGUAUUCAGUUUUGUUCGCCUAAAAUAUCAAUUAAGUCCCACUGAAGGGAAAGCUCGUUGAUACCAGGUCCAUGUGUAUAAUAUCUGACUUAAAUGUCUGGUUCAUGGUAGUAGAGAAUAAAACAGAAUUACUAUAUUGUAAAUAUAGAGGCUUUGUCAAUGGUAGUAUAUGGAGGUGGAUAUUAACCAUGUUUUUGCCCCAAAAUACCGUUUAAUUGCUUGAACUAUAUAAAUAUAUAAAAAGGCGAAGUAAAUGGUUUCGGAAGAGCUGAAAAACAUAUAAUUAAAAAAUAAUACCUGAGCAGAAAUUUCUUAUGUUUAAUAUUUUAGUAUUAAUUCAUUAACGCUUGCAAAUGAAUUUUCUUUUUAUUAUGUUCAUUUUCUGCAUUUUUCUCCGCUUUUCUACAAAAUGCUAAAGAAUUUACCUUUAUUUGAAACAACUUUACUUUACUGUAUUAUAAUUCUGGGAACUGCUUCAUAAUUUAAGGAAAAGUUAUAAGUAUUUUCAACCGUGCUGCAAAAUUACGAUCUUUCAUUCUAAUUCCAUAUUCAAGUUUAAGUGCAGUUAAUCCAGAUAAAAUAUUCUUUCUCCUCCUCUAUGUAUAACUAUUUCAGAGCUAUGAAUGAGAGUGUAUUUAGUAAACUGUAUUAUGUAGAACAAGUAUAGGACAAGAGAAUGUAAAUAACUGAAGUAUAUCUUUUACGUUUAGCGUUUGAACUGUGUUUGAUACUAUGACUAAAUCAAAAAUACUUGCUUUAUUGUAUUAUUGUACAGAAGAUAGCUUAUCGUCCAUCAUUAAAAAGAUACGGUUCCAAGCUUGUAAAUUGUGUAUUUAAUAAAUAUAUCUAUUGUACUUUAGAUCACUGAGGGUUCAUAAUACGCAACUGUACCAUAUUUUACGACUACAAUGUCGAAAGCUGCAUGAAAUAUUUCAGCUAUCGGAGUUUUCAGAGGAGUCCCCGAACUGCACUUUGUAAAAAUGAUAAAUAUUAAUCGUUUGUUUUUGCACUUCUAUGAUAGAUAGUAGAUUCAAGAUAUGCCUCACUAUGAUAGUGCUUAAAGAUGAAUAUAGAAUAAAAUAACGGAUAUUUUUAUGAUACAAUAGAUUUUAAAUACCGAAAAACAUGAUGCACCUAGUAUGUUUUAAUAGUGGAGUGGUACUGGGAAACUGCGUGCAACCCAAACCUAUUUAGGGUGUACGUAUUUAUUUGUAGUUUCACUUCCACUUGUGCGAAAUUUCAAAUAAAUUGUUUUAUGUAAAGUAUGCUGGUAUUAUUAUUUCCAAAUUAAUUUCGAGUUAAUUACUUCAUAAUUUUUUUCUUACAUUGGGAAUAAUUUUGUAUUUGAAAAUCCAUGUAAUAUUUGAAACAAUAAUAGUGAUUAACAAUAAUAAUAACAAUGCAUUUUUUUUCACUUAAGACAGUAAUUAAGUAAUUAUUGAAAACAUUAUUGAAAGAUGACCAAUACAAGGAAUAGUUGUGCAGAAUUUAUUAAAAUUGGGUUAACGAAUAAGUAUUUAUCAUAGCGUAACUUUAAAAUAUUAGAAAAACUCUUUAAGUUAUGGUUACUUACAAAAGUACUCCUCUUUUAUCCCAACAUCACGUGCAGCAGGUUUGUAAUCUGAGUAUAGUUGUUUCCUUUAAAUAUUUUUUAAAGCUAAAAACAGCCAUAAAUAUAUAUAGUUUUUGUUAUUCCUUUCAUAACUAUUCUUUGAUUCUUUCCAUAAUUAUAGAGAAAUUUAAACCAAGGGAACAUACAUAUAGCAUGCUUUAAAGUACCUUCAAAUGCAUGACUCUAAUUUUUUUAUUGAAUAAUUGGUAAUUUUAUGCUCAUUAUAGGAUAAAAUUCAUGUACGUUGCAGUUAAGGCCAGAUGAAAUUAGAAACAUAUAAAUAAUUUGCGGCAUGAUAAUAUAUUCAUAAUUUCUUCAGUCGGUAGUUAGUUUGCUAAGCUGAUUUAAAAUCUUAAGCAUACGUUUUGUGCUCAAGCUUACAACAGAUUACACUUAUAUAUAAAAUGAAGAAUUUCUAUUGUACAUUUAGAGUCUAAAUACGUGUUUGAAAAAUAAAUUAAGAUAAUUUUCUGGUAGUUUCUUAUGAACAAAUUAAAAAGUAGAGUAAAUUCCUAAAGGUUUAGAUAAAGGAGAGUUUCCCAAAAAUAUUCACAUAUAACAUACUUUCUAUUAAGAUUUUCAAAUAUUUACUAAGCUCCGUUCGUUUUUAAAUACCAUCAGAAACUACUCAAUUUAUUAUUUUAAAAUCAUUUUUGGGACAUUUAGUUAUUUUCUAUUUAGCAGUUCAACAUCCAAAAAAAUCUUUAAAAAAAUUAUAGUUUUGAAAGCUAUUCUCAAAUUUUAAUUGAUACGUGAAACAAAAGUUACAUUUUAAGGUUUAAAACAGAUAUUAAGUUCAUUUGUACAUUUCGGGGUUCUAAAAAAAUCUGGGUAUAUGAGGUUUGUAUCUUAUUUAAUCUGAUUAUUAAUUACUAUAAACAUAUCAUAAGGUAAGGAACCCUAUCCUACUUAGCACGAACUAAUUAGAAAAUUUACUUACGUUCACCCAACUAAUAAUGAGCAAAUGUAACAGAAAACUUAUUUUCUCACAUGAAAGUCUGUUUUCUGUCAUUUUCCCUUAAAAUACAGAAAUUAUGCGGAUUAAAAUCGAUAGAAAAUAUAAAUUAAAUUUAUAAAUGCUGUAGCUACAGUACGUCUUCAUCUAUUCUUAUUUUAGUAGCAACGAGAUAUUCAAAUAGCGAAAUAAGUAAGGAAAGUUAGGAUGAGUCUUACUCGCAGAUGACAGAGCCUGAUUCUGGAAAAUUAAAUUGAAUUUUAUUAGUGUUUUAAUUUUUAAUUUUUUUUUUGAUGAGAAUAUAGGUAGUUUAUGCAUUGUCUUCUGUUUAUUCUUGAAACUAACUUCAGAAUUAUGUGAUUUUUAAUUAAAUUUGUUGAAAAAUGAUGUUCCUUAAAAUGUAAUAUUAAAUAUGUUAGGAGAGAUCAAACAAUAAAUGAUUAAAAUGUGAAGCUACGUGUGACAUUAAUAAUUCAAAAAGAAAAGACGUGCUAUAAGCAGUUCAAAAGUAAUGUAACAAAUGACAACGUAAUUCUUAGAUUGUUUAGGGGAAAAAACAAGAACUUAUUUUGACGUCAAAUCAGUUUACAACUAAAAUAAAUUUUUCUUUUAUUAAGGAUAAAUAAUAUUAUAUUUGUAGCCUGCAAAACAUAUUUCUCUAAAAGAGUUUUAUUUAACAAUUAUAGUUACAGUAAUGGGAAAAUAUAUAAGAAUCGAAAAGAUAUUACAAGGUCUAACUCUUUUGCAAUAUUUAUUCAAAGAAAACGAAAGCCAGGUUUACGAGUUAUUUUGGAUGAUAUUUUCUUUCAUUUUUUUGUUUUAAAGAUUUUUAUGAGAGAUUUGAAAUUAUAUAUUAUUAUUUCUGUAGUUUAUGCUUUUGUAUUAUGUGGGAUGUACUGUAUCUGAACUUUUGCUGUAUUGAAAAGCAUUUCUUUCCGUCAUGUAAUAUACAUGAACGACUUAUGUGCACAACCUUUGUAACUGCAUUUAUUAACUAAGUGUAUAAAUUGUAGAUUGCAUUUAUAAACUGCCUAACAACUGUGUCGAGAUGCUUUAAUUUGCUGUACGCAUGUUGAAAAAUAAAAUUUUCUACAACUAGAAA